AUCAUAGAAUCAUUUUUUUUGGUAUGUUUGCAUGAAGUUUUUGCAUUAAUAUAGCAUGUGCAGCGUCUUCGGGCUACAAAUGGAGAAUUACCAAGGUGAUUUGAACGAUAUAGUUCGGGCAAGUGGUGGUCCGAUGGGGUGUAUCUCUGGUCAAGCGUUGGAUACUGUUGAAGCUUCAAGCUGGCAGCGAUUCCCCUCCGAUCCAUUGAAUUUCUUAUCGUCAGUCAUGGAAGAUCAUAGAGUGAACCCUUUUGGGGACCCUUUCUCCACUAUGAGAGAUCCUCUUCUUCAUGAGCUUAACGUGGCAGCUGGUUCAACCUACUUUAGCAGCCCUAAUUCAACUGAUCUUAUGAUUAAUAAUACAGGCAGCACUAGCGUUGAAGAUACUUCAAGCUUUUCUGGUGCAAGUAAUAUCGUUGGUGUUGGUGUUGGUCAUAGUAAAAUUUUCGAAGAUGACAUGAGAAGUCCUUGCAACAUUUUUUCUCGGAUUCAGAUCUCCCCAGGCUCUAGUAAGCUACCUGGGUCGCCCUGUGAUUCGCCCGCAAUCGCUGUGCUUCCAAGCGACAUGAUUAAUACCAACACCUCAAAAAGUUGCUUGAUUGAUAACACCGGCCCAGUACAGAUCUCAUCUCCACGGAAUCUGGGUAUCAAGAGAAGAAAGAGCCAAGCGAAGAAGGUGGUUUGUAUUCCAGCACCAGCAGCUGCAAACAGUAGGUCUAGUGGAGAAGUAGUUCCCUCGGAUCUGUGGGCAUGGAGAAAGUAUGGGCAGAAACCCAUCAAAGGUUCUCCUUACCCAAGGGGCUACUACAGGUGCAGCAGUUCCAAAGGCUGCUCUGCGAGAAAGCAAGUCGAGAGAAGCCGAACUGAUCCCAAUAUGCUGGUUAUCACCUAUACAUCUGAGCACAACCAUCCGUGGCCAACCCAAAGAAAUGCUCUUGCCGGUUCAACAAGGUCUCAGCCAUCCAAAAACAAUGCUUCUGCUUCCAAUAUCAGCUCACCAAGUUCUCAUCCCCAAAACACAGUAAACCCAAAGGAAGAGCUUAAAGAGAGCAGCAAUGAUGCUUUAUCUCCCAAGGUUGCUGCUAGCUCAACUGCAAGUGCAUCAGUUAAAGAAGAGAUUGAGGACAUGGAGAAGCAGGUGGAUAUAGAUCAUGACGCUGAAUUUGGCGAAGGGAUCCCUCAAACUUACAGACCUGCAUUGCCAGAUCAGUCCCAUCAAUCUGAGGAUUUCUUUGCUGAUUUGGAUGAGAUAGAGGCUGACCCUCUCCAUCUAUUGUUUCCACAAGGAUUCAAUGUUGAUCAAGGUGAACAGAUCAAAGAAAACAAAGCCGUGGAUCCAUUUAGUCUGUUUGAUUGGUCCGGGGACAACAGCGCUUAUUUUUGAGAAGCAAAAAGGGGGGGUUUAUAGCAAGACCUUGAAACAAUACCAACUUUAAUUUCACACUGAAACACCUAGCUACAUAGACCACUGCAUAACUUUUAGUUUCAAAGGUAGCUUAUUUAUUCAGGUUCGAGGUCCUACUAUAAACCUACUUUCUGGAGUAUUAUUAUUAUUAUUGUUAUUUAGCAGAAUCAGAAGAGUGAGGCAGAUUGAGAUCAGGAAAAGAGUGAAAGACAGUGCCGCUGGAUUGGGAGCAAAAGCCCGUGAGUCCCACAUUCCUUUUGGAAUAUUGGUGGAUGGGACAGAAAGCUGAGGAACAGAAGGUUUCAACAGUUAAAACAAGUACGUCCAUCAGACAUGACUGGAUAACUCAGUGAGCAGAGUUUGAUUUUGGAUGGGACUUUGCUUUUCUUUUUCAAGUGGGAAAAAUUAUUUAACCUCACCUUUCUCCAUGUGAUGUGGGUGGGCGUUCUUAAAAGCCAAUGUCAAUGAAUCUUUGGUGUGCAGAAAUAAG